CAAGCGUACAGUAUGUUUUGCGGUGUGACUUGGCAGCGCGGCAUGUCCGGGAAAGCUACGGGUUAAUUUAAGACUGGAAGCAAAAGCUGUUGCCAAUUAGGAGCAGUGAGCUCCACAUGUGGGCCAUGCGUGCGGCUUUCUCCAGAAGGAGCAAAAGGGGGCAGAGACCACUGAGUGCAGCGGAGCUCCAGAUCACUCGCCGUUACCGAGCCAAGAUAAAAGUCACCUGAAGGAUUAACGGAGAAGACCGAGAUAACCUUUCGCACGGUCUUCCUUUCGGCACCUCAACAUGGCACGUGUGGCCGCUAUGUUUUUACUCGGUCUCACUUUUUUACUGAGCAGAAGUGAAAGCGCUUCCGAAAUGUGCCGGGGGCCUCGGUGCCUCCCUCGCCGGGGCCGGAGCGCGGCACAAGGCCCGACGGACACUCGCGCGCCAGCCUCCGGACGGCAGCUUCGCCUCUCGACGCAAUCCGGGCAAGGUCGAGCUUACCCCAGUUACCGCCGGCAGGAUGCCCGUUACGGUCUUCACCAAACCGACGCCGACGUCCACCGUCAACACGGAGGCUUCGCGCAACCGACCGGUACCGACGCUACGAGAAGGACCGACCCGAGAACCGUCACAGCUGAGGUGUUUCAUCCCGGCUGCGCGGGCGGAACCUGCCCGACCGCUCGUCGAGCGACAGCCGACGGCCGGGAUGCGUCACGACAAUGCAAAGGGAACGAGUGUAACCUGGAUCUCCGCACGCGCCAGAAACCAAAGCCUUGCGACGGCUGCAAUACGCACAAGGGAGAAGACGGGAGACGGAACUCUUCGCCGCUGCACGUAAGAGACGGAGCGACGCAAUUUACGGAGGAGCGGGCAGAAGGCGGCGCACUGAUACAGUUGACGUGUGACAUGAAAUCAGGGAGCAACGUUGUUCCUUCUGACGACGCCGUCAUCCUGCAGCUGCAGCUGUCCGAGGACCAAGACGAGCUCGUCGAGGCCUUCAAGGGUCAGCAGGAAGAGGUCAAAGUGAUGCAUCGACUCCUCAGCGAACAACAGGUGGAGCUGGUCCACCAACAGAAAAAAAUCCUGAUGCAACAGAAGAACAUGCAGGACUACAUGGAGCAAGUCAAGGCACAGUACAACAUACUGUUGGACACAAUCAAGCAAAUGUCUAUGCAGAACCUCCAGGAGGAGCUGGACGGUCACAGGCAGACGGUCCUGAGCGAGUCGAGCGGACCCCGUCGCGUUCAGCACAAGGUGGACAUGGAAGCCAGUGUCAUGGAGGUGGGCCGUUCCCUCGUGGCCUGUGGGAGCUGCGGCCCUGAGGAAUACUGCGAUUUCGCCAGCGCUCAUCCCCGCUGUGACAAAUGUACCGUCUGUCCUGCCGGCUUCUUCCUGCUCGCGCAGUGUUCCGUCCACGCGGACAGAAUCUGUCAGGACAGAGAUGAAUGCCUUGAGCUAGCGGACCUUUGCGAAGAUCAACAUAUAUGUGUCAACACACCAGGUGGAUUUAGAUGUCAGGGAAUGACAGCGCGAGAGGCCAGAAGCGGCAUGUGCGGCCACGACUACUUCUACAACUUGGACAUGGAUGAGUGUCAGGCCUGUGCCGAGUGUGAAGGACAACCAGCGACAUCACCGUGCACAUUCACAACAGACACUGUCUGCUCCGGACCUUCUACUGGCGACAAUGUCCUCUCUCUGUCCUGGACUGGAGAUGUGAGCCAACCCGUCGCCAAAGGCCACGCUGUGAAUCUGGCCUCGCCAGGCGUGAACCUUCACAUCCGGGCAGCAGGCGACGCGGGCCCGGCGGCGGCCGAGGACGGACGCCUGCGGCUGAAGAACCACGGUCUGCUGUGGCUGGACGAGAGCCUCUCGGUCGACCACGGCUGCCGCAGCUUUGUUCAGGCGUGUUUGCGUAUGAGCGUCCCCGACGGCUCUGAAAGUCGCGACCUUAGCGGCGUCAGGAUCGAGCAACAGGAAGCGAGGUCGCUCCAGGGCGUCAGCCUCAGCGGGGUGGCGGAGGUCGCCCCGGGUCACGUGAUCUCCACUUCCCUGUGGAGUGCUAACCACCACUGCAACCAGAGCGACGGUCUGCGGCUUCACGAGCCCUCGGCUGCUUCUCUAAGCCUCUUGUGGCUCUCCCACGACACCGGGGCCGUCGCCGUGACGGCACAGGCCGCGCUGUCCGCUCACUACCACACAAACCAUCGCCCUAGCUUUCGUAUCACCUCCACUUCGGACGCUUACGUAGUUGUGCCGACUCACGACGGCCGUGGGAUACGUUUUGCGGAAGGUGGUAGCGUGCGCUUCGUAUUUCAGCAGGCGUUGUACUCCAUGGGCCAGGCGUGUGUGAGUGAGGGUUUCCAGGUGUUGGCCUACCUCAAUCGUAACGGUACGGCUGCGGAGCUGUGCCGGUCCUUCAAACCGGGCGUCCACUAUCGCGACACAUCCAUUUCUCUCUCUGGAGCGACGGAAGUUGGUCCCGGAGACACACUGGCCUUUGAGGUUCUGUCUCCUGCCCAGUGCAACGUCCGUUUCUUCAGCGAUGACACCGGCAUUAGUGGCCUCAGCUUGGUUUGGGUUCCUGCUGCGAUCUCCUCCUCCAUGUAUGCCUCUGUGGCUCAAAGCGGUCUUCCUUCAGGAGCCGUCAGAAACAAGCCUCUGUUCUUCAGCCGGACCGGUACCGAGGUGUCCCAAAUGGGGCUGGCCGGGAAGGGCUCCGCAAAUUCCAGCCGAGAUUUUGUCUUCAGAGAAAGCGGCACUGCCAGUGUAGCUCUGGACCUUAAGCUGAUUCACUCCUGCAGCCUGGUCAAGGUGACUCUGCUCAGACUAAACGACCCACAGACCCCUGGGGCGGCCUGGGAGGCGGGGGGCGCGCGACCCGUCCCGCUGGCCCGGCAGGUGGGCGGACGGAUGCCCGAUGGUAGCCGGUGGGCCGGUGUAAGCCUGCGGGCGUGCUUCCAGGUGCAGAAUGGAACCACAGUGUUCUUCACGCUGGACUGCGUGCGAGGACGAGUCAACCAGGUCAGCCACCACGCAGGAAGCGGAGUGUCACUUCUCUGGGUGGCGGCGUAACAUCAGACCUUCUACCCUCUUUCAAGUCACGAUAAGAUCUGACAAAUUUCAUUAUCAAUUCCAUGUUUGUUCUGCCUUUCCUUUGCAGCUAUACCAGCUUCAACUCUAGACUGUUUCAAUGGGAUUUUUGUUCAUUUAUCCAGAAGGACAUUGGUGAUGUCACCAAUGAAUGACGACGAUGAAAGUGUUUAGGGGGGUUUAGAUCAGGGCUCUCAAAUUCUCCCACACUAUGCUCGUACAAUGAAACAGAACACAAAAGGGUUUUCGAGAAACAACUUGUGCCUCCGAAGUUCAUGUAUGGAACCGUUUAUGAAUCAUUUGAUAGUGACACCAGAAUGCAGGCAAUGAAUAGAUGAGCGUUGUACUUUUUAGCUUUAUACUGUAUGUUCAUGCCCAGGUGCACACAGGUGGACAAAUUGAAUUGAUUGGAUCGAUGAUAAACUGUCUGCAUUAAGAUCCAUCUGUCCAUUUCGAAUACAGGCUUGUCCCGAUAAGGGUCACGGGUGAUCUGGAGCCUAUCCUUUAGGCGAGAGGCGGGCCAAAUUCUGGACUACAGCCGCUAGUCAAUGGCAGGACGCAUACUCGCAUUCACACCUUUGGGCACUCUGUAAUUGACUUAAGAAUCGAGUUUUGGAAAUUUGGGAGGAAGCCGAAGUACCCGGUGAAAACCCCGAGUUGGACGUCCAGCCACUAGCUCACUGUGCUGCCUGCCAUUAGAUGAGUGAUUCUCACCUGGUGGAUCCAAUUUAAUUUAGACUCCAUUUUGGGUCCCGAGUCCCCAAAGAAAAUUUAUUCGGAUUUGGAUUUUUUUUCCAGUACAGUACAGAGGUGUGCCAAGCUCCCACAUGGAACGUAUUAGCUAAGCCACAGGAAGUGUUACUUCCUUGUUCUCUAGCCACUAGUUGACUCUUUAAAGAAGAUUGCUUCCUCACUUAUUCUGUCAGAAAAAGAUUUCCCAAAACAACACACACACGCACACACACACACACACACACACACACACACAUUGCUAUCACGUGCAAAGGACGGAAUCUAAAAUGGAAGGAAACAUCCAUUUUCUUUUACCGCUUAUCCUCACGUGGGUCGCGGGCGUGCCGGCGCCUAUCCCAGCUAUCUUCCACCAGCAACCAUUCACACCUACGGGCAAUUUAGAGUCUUCAAUCAACCUACCGCGCAUGUUUUGCGGAUGUGGGUAGGAGAAAAGCCACGCAGGCACGGGGAGAGCAUGCAAACUCCACACAGGCGGGGCCGGGGAUUUGAACCCCGGUCCCCAGAACUGUGAGGCACAUGUGCUAACCGGUCAAGGAAACAGAAAACUUUGAUAUUUUGCUCACAUUAAGCAAACACAAUUCGAAAAACAUUGUGAUGAAGCCCUUUUGUUGCCUUUAGGCUGAGGCAUGCCACCACUCCACUCUCGGUUUCUGCGUUUGUUAGCCGCUAUUACGUUGUCACUUUAGCAUGUUUCAGGAACCGUUAUAAGAAAUCAUGCUGUAGCAUUGUGUAACAAGAAGGUGGAUUUAUCGUCUUGUAUUGAAGUAAUAUAGCCAGAGAACCUUUCCAAUGUUCUGGCCACAUUUCCCGCUGUCACAUACAUUUGUCGUGAACAUGCGUUUCACGUUACAUGUCACAUUUUCUAAUCUACUGCACGCCUUGCUUAAUGGCUGGUACCGUCAAAAUGCAAAUGUCAUGGGGAGGCAGCGUAUUAGGCCAUGUUAAGUUGUACCCAUCGUUUAUCACAGCAAACAUGUAUUAGGUUUAUAUUUGAUAGGGAGGGAAAUCAAAUAAAUCCAUUUGUUGUACCCGUUUCCCGCCACUACGCUUGGGAGAACAUUCCAGGUGGUUCCAAUGAGACAAGAAUUUAGUUGCCAAAAUGAUAUUUCUCAAAGCCCCGGUGGCCCUCCGACAAGCUCCGCAUUCCCACGGUGCUAAAUCGCUUUGGCACAAAAUUCAAAAUCAAACGUUCUCAGGCUUAUGAAAACCAGCGGUGCAGUCGAUGUUGGCAAAGACCCCCAGGUCGGUGUGUGUGUCCGUGCUAUGAAUUAUUCAAUAAAUCCAAAUUUAUUCGAGGUGCAUGAAUAGAGCCACAGGGAUAAGAAUAGUGCUGGCCAGCUAAUUGGCCCCUCAACUUUGGAAUUGGAGUUGUUUUAACGGAAUGUUCGGGUCAGAAUAAAGCUUUUUUCCAAACAGUUAA